AAAUCCUUAGAAACGGAGCCCAGUGUUUGAUUGGUUGCUGAUUACUAGGAGCUGUGACUUUAAGAUCGUAGCCUUAGAAGAGAAGAAACAGGGGGAGUUAAGUGGGACUUGGCUGAGGAGACCGAACCAACCACCCGCGUGUGACAGUGGGACCCCCCUCAGCCCGAGAGUGGGAAAAUCUGCCGUAACCAGGAAGUAAGCCAUACAGGAGAAUGGGCGCUUAAGGGACAAAGGCGACAUCGGUGCCACCAUGAGGGUGUGAGAGCGCUCCCGGGCUUUUAAUACUAUAAGGGCGAUGCGAUAAGCACAGGCAGUGUCCCCGUGACUGUGGCAUGGACAAUCAGGAGCUCAUCAGCGCAUCGGAAGUGAUUAAAGAUCGCUUAUAUUUUGCUACACUGAGGAACAAACCAAAAAGCACCCUAAAUACUCACUACUUUUGUACAGAUGAGGAGUUUGUGUAUGAAAAUUUCUAUGCAGAUUUUGGGCCUCUGAACCUCGCACAGCUCUACAGAUAUUGCUGCAAACUCAAUAAGAAACUCAAGUCCUUUAGUUUAUCUAGGAAGAAGAUUGUUCAUUAUACAAGCUUUGAACAGAGAAAAAGAUCAAAUGCAGGCUUCCUGAUCAGUGCAUAUGCGGUUAUCUAUUUAAAGAAGUCUCCAGAGGAGGUAUAUAGAGCUCUGCUUAGUGGGUCUAAUGCUCAGUAUCUUCCUUUCAGAGAUGCUUCAUUUGGGAGCUGCACAUAUAACCUUACCAUACUGGAUUGUUUGCAGGGGAUCCGGAAGGCUCUACACUUUGGCUUCUUUAACUUUGAAAAUUUUGAUGCAGAUGAAUAUGAACAUUAUGAGAGGGUGGAGAAUGGUGAUUUUAAUUGGAUUGUCCCUGGCAAGUUUUUGGCAUUCAGUGGGCCCCACCCAAAAAGUAAAAUUGAAAACGGCUAUCCACUUCAUGCACCGGAAGCUUACUUUCCAUACUUCAGAAAACACAAUAUCCGUGCUGUCAUCCGACUGAACAAGAAAAUUUAUGAUGCCAAACGAUUCACUGAUGCAGGAUUUGAUCAUUAUGACCUGUUUUUUGUGGACGGGAGCACUCCCAGUGAUGGAAUAGUGCGGAGAUUCCUGAACCUGUGUGAAAACACUGAUGGAGCUAUUGCUGUACACUGCAAAGCUGGCCUGGGCAGAACAGGAACCCUGAUUGCUUGUUACAUUAUGAAGCACUACAGAUUUACACACUCUGAAACCAUUGCAUGGAUCCGAACUUGCAGGCCUGGUUCUAUCAUUGGACCCCAGCAGCACUUUUUGGAAGAGAAGCAGACUUGGCUAUGGCUUCAGGGUGACCUUCACAGAAGUAAUCAGAAACAGUUUCAGUCUGAGGACCGGGCUGUAUCUCGGAUUUUGACUGACUUCGAAGAGUUAUCUGUGUCUGGGAGGUUCUCUAGCAAUAAUAUUUAUGAACGAGACAGAGAGAAUAACUCUGAAGAUGAACUGGAUCACAGCAAUGGUUUAACUCAGGGAGACAAACUCCGUGCCUUAAAGAGCAGAAGACAUCCACGAUCUGCAACUACCGGAGCACUGCGGCUGGAUGACAUGAAACUACACACAAGAUCUACAUCACAGCCUUUCAGGGUGUUUGCUUCUAACAGCACACAGGGUUCCAUGUCCCCUCUGAAGUCUUCCAGAGUCACGUCAUCCACAUCGGCCGUUGGAAGGAGGGUUGCACAGAGUCCGAGAUCAACCAAUAGCAAAGGUGGAGGUUUCUCAGCAAAUUUGCGGUUUGCUGGCUCCCUUGGAAAUCUGAAUUCAGCUUUGGAAGAGAUAGAGAGCACCCGUCGCCCUUAUACUAACCGAGCCAUCAGCUCCCAGGCGGUACCCUCCAACCUGUACCACUCCCACUCUCGUGUCCGAAGUCAAGGCGAGCUAAACAACAAUCGCAACCAGAAUGUCCCCAGCACACCUAAAGAUAUGUAUGGAUCGUUCCGACCCUCAUACACAGGCCUCGCCUCCAGCCCACGAUUCCUGAGCCGUUCUAUCCCUUCCCUUCAGUCUGAAUAUGCCCAGAUCUGAAUGUCCAGUUAACCCUUCCUUGGCGACAGAUUCUCAGUCGUGGAGAAGCAGAGGACAGACAAAGAGGAGAACAUCCAUCUCCACAUAACCUCAUCUCCCCACUUAUCGGGUCUUGAUUCCUGAUAUCUACACACUACUGACAUUUUAUUUUUUAAUAUCCUGGACUUUACCGAAGUUGCCACGGAUUUCUUCUUCUUCUUUUUUUUUUUAGAAUUGGAAUUUUAUAUUGAAAUUAUUUUUCUAGAACUAUAUUUUGGUGUCACACGAAUGAGCUAAUAAGUAUAGUUAAUAUUUUGGUAUGUUCUAGAAUAAAUUAAGUACUGUAUAUGUAUUAAAAUCUUGCAGAAUAUAUUUUCAUGAUAGGAAUUCUUUGUAAUCAAAAGCAGUAUAUAUACAUAUAUUUUUCCGUUUAGCUUAAUAUUUUUAUAACAGUAUUUGCAGUGCAUUUUUUGGAUGAAGAUUCUCUGGGAACAUGUUUAAAUCAAGCACUACAGUAUUCAAAGUAGGUGAAGCUAGGUGUGAAAUGUAGGUUGUCGUGCAGUUCUUAGUAUUUCAGUAGUUUAUUUACUAGAUAUCCAUGUCCUUGGAUUAAAUGGGCCACACCAGUACCAAGUUUGACAUCAGGAAUACUGUAGAAACCUUCCUACUAGCAGUAUAUUAUAAAUACCAUAUCCCAGUCUUCCUCUGUCAUUUUAAAAUGGAUCAAGGGGUGCCUUUAAUUUUCAUUCAGUCACUUAAUUUGCCAGGUUCUGUUAGAUGAGAAAAAUGUAUCUCCUAAUUCAAUUCCAUCUUUCUCCAGAUGCAAUUCAAGAAGAAAAACGUAUCUCAUUGUUUUAUCACAUGAAACCUAUGGGAAAGAACUGGAACUGAAUUAAGAAAAAAGUUAUUUCUUCUCAAAUUGAAUGUCUCCCAUACGUUUUCAUGUGAUAGACCAUAAAACAACAGUUUCUCAUGGAAUUUAAUCUGGGCCAAUGUCUCUUGCAGUAACUUCUACGUGGCCUCUUAAAGCUCAGUACUCUUGACCGGACAUUUUCUGCAUGAAUGAUAUCUUAAAGGGACCAGUGAUAUUUGCUAUAUUUAUGUGUACCCUAUGGUUGUGACACCUUCCAGUGACUUACAGCACCCAUAAGGUUAAUGUUUUAGAACAGAAACUAACAUCUGUAUAUUUAUAGUGUUAUUACUUGCUAUGCUCAUGGAAUAAGCUAUUAGUAAUAUUACAUUUCCUACAUAUGUGCAAUUAGGGAGACACGUCGUUAAUAAGCAUGCAGUAGGGACACCAGCAGGUAGACUGAUCUGCAGACUGUUAUAAUGAUCACUCGUUACACAGCUAAUUAUAAGUAUUGCAUUUUCUAAACAAGAACAGCAGUUUAUAAUGAAUUUGUAUGGUUUUAUUACUAAAAAUUAAAUCUAAUAUAGGAGUGAUAUUGUCUUUUACGUUGGGUAGUAAUGCACUGCUGUUUCUAUGCAAUGACCUUCACAGUAUCCAAAUAAUUAAAUAUAUCUUUGUAAUAUGA